GUGAACACAGCUGUAGAGCCCUGACGUGCCUGCAGUGAACACAGCUGUAGAGCCCUGACGUGCCUGCAGUGAACACAGCUGUAGAGCCCUGACGUGCCUGCAGUGAACACAGCUGUAGAGCCCUGACGUGCCUGCAGUGAACACAGCUGUAGAGCCCUGCAAUGUAUGUUAUAGCUUGAGUUUCCAAUGUCUGCAACAGGUGCAAGUCUCGUGGGCUGUGGCGCGUGAGGACAUGACAACUGGUCUUCAGUCGUGUGUCAUGUGGUGACAGACCAGAGGCAGACUGUAUCCUCGGGGCAUCAUUACACAGGCCACGUCAGCGGUCCUCUGUGUCACGCUGUCUCUUACGUCCGGCGGACACCACACUGAAGCAAUGGCGACCGCACUUCACAACUGUGGAACCAGCGACACUGAGGGCAAACCUACGACAGGUGUUGACGUGACGGGGGAGCUGUGCGGUGAUCUGCAGUGCCCGGUGUGCCUGGAGCUGUUCCAGCAGCCGCUGAUACUCCCCUGCUCCCACGUGCUGUGUCGCACGCCCUGCUGCAGCAACCUCCUCCACUUCAACUUCAUUCGUUGUCCAGUGUGUCGCGUCGACAGUUUCAUCAAUGGAGGACUCCACAGCUUGCCUCGAGUCAUCGUCCUUGAAAAUAUUAUCGACAAGGUCAGGGGGCAGAGGUCGAGGCUGGAGCUGAAUGUCCAGGGGUCACACCCAGAACGCCCUCAGCAGUGGGAAGUGACCGAAGCGCGCACAGCACUUGUGGAACACUUGGGGACAGAUAUCGAGCACUUUAACAGCUGGGUGACUGGGGACGAAGGCAGAAGUGACAGUGGCGCCGCCUCGAGACAGGCUUCUGGGUUCUUUACUUCCUCAACCUUCUCCAGCACCGCGCUUGUGCUUGACACUCUACUCACUCCCAGAGACGAGGAGAGAAGUGUCCUCCAUCAUCUGAGUUCAGAAGCCGGAAUCUUCAGGGGAGCGCAUCCAGUACAGACCACUUGCCCCCCCUGCCCCCGGCCAGCCAGGGAGACUUACGUUAAAUUAUCCAACGUUCUGCACCUGGUGUCACUGGGCCAGGAGGAGGUUGUCACGUGGGCUAGGCUUCAGAAGGAGUGCUUGAAGGACUUGUUGAAAAGAGCGCAGCACGCGACUUGUGAGGCCGGUCAGCAGGUGGAUGACGUGUUUGUGGACCUGCAGCACGAGCUGGCAAGGCGCCUGACACAACUCGAUGAUGUCACGAGGGCGCUGGAGAUUCUGCAGGGGUCAUCGCAGACCCUAGUGCAGGACGCCAUGCAGCCAGCCAGCUACAUGAUGCGAGAGACCUUCAGACACUCUGUCUCUUGUUCACUCCUAGUUCACAGCGUUCACACGCACUCAUUGUAUCUUGUCACAGCUCCUGCCCUCCCUGCCCUUGACGUCACGCGCUGUGCACGCGGCGAAGAUAAGGUGGCGCUGUUUCUCCAGCCCCCAACACCCUCGCAUGACGUCAUAGACACGUAUGAGGUGACGUACUUCACGGAGGAGGAGAAGACCCUGGGUAUACAGUUCUGCUGGCAGCAAACGUUAACCUUCAGCAACAGCGCGGGUCAAGGGUCAGGCGCGCGGGUGAUGGUGCUGCACAAGCUGCGAUGUGGCGCCACCUACUACUUUCACCUUGUGGCGCGCAACACAGCCGGCACCAGCGCACCCAGUGACGUAGUGCAGUGCGUCACCCUGGCCGCUCGUCACAGUGUUGUACCCAUUCCCAGCAUCAACGUCAGCAAAUGUCGGGCGUCGUCCUCGUGCAUCCGGGUCUUCACUCCCAGCCCGCAUGACGUCGCACCCGAGCAGCACAUCUCCCAUUGGCUGCUGUACAGACCACGUGGUCCCGAGAGUGUGUGGCAGGCAGCGCCACUAUACGGCAGCCAGGAGCAGCGAGUGGCGGGCCUUGAUCCUGAGACCGACUACCAGGUGGUCGUCAUGGCGCGCAACGCACGUGGCGAGUGUCAGCUGUCGCACGUGCUGGGGAUACGUACACAACCUGCACACACACCUUGACUCGCGCCGCCUUGACCCCAAGCAUAGUGGGGUCAAUAAUGAGCAGAGCGCAGCCAGUUACUGCUAAUUACUGAGCAAUUACAUGAUACUUCCCGACAUAAGUUGUUGUUGUUGUAAACUCACCUCUUGGCUGCUUGUCUUCACACUGAACACGAGAACGAACUGUGUCAAUAGGCUAGAGUCGCUAGACCUACUUAUCCUCAUCUUGCCAUCAUCAGGGUCACAGUCUUGUACCGAUAUUUCCUACCAACAGUCCACAAGAAAACGAUGAGAUUACUGUAAACAAAAGUACCAUAAAGUCCAUAUGGAUCCUUUCUACCUGGAUUGAGUUUUACAAACACAUGUUCACUGUGCUCAUCACAGAGUAAGCUCCCCACGAAUACCUGCUCGUUUUUGAUAUAAUGUACACAAGGAUUUUCCUGCUCUCCAUAGUCAUGGGAAAGGAGGGGAAUUUUUACCAUCAAGAUAAUGAUUAGACGAUAUCAGGAAAUUUCCACAAGUUUGCUUCUCUUUCUUCAAGAAUCAAUGUGAAUCCAGUGCCUUGUCUGCUAAUCAACUGGGUGCAGUUUCUUACGGAAAAACUUGGAAUUGUUAUUAUGUCUUACCCUACCCCCAUCCUUCGGCUCAAACCUAAGCGAUAAACAUGUUUAAGAGGAAAGCUCUGUCAGACAGCUUAUAAACUUUAUUGCUUUGUUCUCUCCUCAUUUUCACACCUGUUGUUAUUUUUUGUUGGAAUAAAUGAUUGAAAAUAUAAAAUGGUGAUGGGCAUUCCUUGAAUACAUGUAAAUAAUUGAUGUCGCCAGAUGUGAGUAAACAUGACAAUUUGAACGCAAUUUUCAUUCUCAAAGUCUUAUUAGGCAAUCUUCACUAUGACCAGUUGUCAACCCAGAGGCGAACAGGUAGCUCUUGUUUUUCAACACUUUAAUCAAACGCAUGGUUUGAUGCUUAGGCUAUUGCCCCACAGCAUUGCCUGCCUUUCAGUAAGGU